CCCGCCUCGUGCUCGCGGCCGCGCGGCCUCACCUGAUUGGCCAGCGAGCGCCGAGGGGGGGGAGGGAGCGGGAGCUCGUCCCCAUGGCGACCCGGUGUGUUGUGCCUUAGUGGAGAUUAUCGCUGCUCGCGCUUCUCGCCGGCGCUAUGAGCGGGCUGAGCGCGCGGCGGGACUUGCAGGAGGCGGCUGCUCUGGAGCGGCGGCGGCAGCGCGAGCUGCAGCGGCAGGGCCGUAUCUUUAACGCGCGAGUUCGGACCAUCGGGGUUGAUAAGGAUGCAUUGGAUGCCCAGGUCAAGGAUAGGAAAAUUCAAGAAGCAGCUGAAAAAGCACGAAAUGAAGAACUUGCUAAUGAAAUGAAACGAAAUGACAAGAUGAUGUGUAUGUUAGAAGAAAGACAGAAAUGCAAUAUCAGAAACACAAACAAGGCUGUCAGUGACUUUCAGAAGAAUUUUCAGCAGCCAGAAACAAGACGUGAAUUUGAUCUAUCUGAUCCCCAGGCUCUAAAGAAGGAUAGACCGGCUCGGCUUUCAGACAAUGAUCCUCGAUGCACUGUAUCUGGCUUGCAGAAGUUUAUGGGUGAAGACUUAAACUAUGCUCAGAGGACGAAAUUUCAAAAGGAGCAGUUAAGAGAGUGGUCUCUUCAGCAACAGAGAGAUUACAAGAAUGCAUUAGCUGAUAAAAAAUAUUUAGAUGAUCUUCAUGACAAGAAUAGGAUUGAACUGGACCGAAAGACAAUGGAGCAACAACGAUUAGAAGAAGAAACUAGACGUGCUGUUUGUGCAGCUAUCAAAGACUUUAACAAAAGCCAGGCUGCUGAACUAGCUGAGAGAAAGAGGCUAGAUAAGCGUCAAAAAAUGAAAGAUGAUAUGGAUGAAAUUUCCAGCCAGCUUCAAGGAGACUUACUUUCUGAAAACCCUGACCAAGCCAUCAGUUCCUUUGGUACACAUCGUGUGAUCACAGAUCGGUGGAAGGGAAUGAAUCAGGAUCAGUUGAUGGCAAUCCGCUCCUUUCAACAGCAACAAGUUCUGGAGAAGCUGAGACUAAAAGAGGAGGAACGCCAAAGAGAUGCUGAAUGGGACAGGCAAAGUAUGCAGGCUGCAAGAGCACAGUUAAUUUUAGAACGGCAUCAAGCACGACAGAAUCGGGAAUGCCGCCAAGCUCUAGAUAGCAUAAAUGCACAACUGUCCCAGGAGCAGAAAUCAAAGAACAUUUACCUUAAAGAAGAAGAAUAUUCAAAUUGUCCAACAAGUCAGUAUUUUGCACAAUUUAAUACAACCAGUCGAUGACAUUCCAUAUGCAUCAACCUGAAGUACACAGAAAAUUAAAACAUUGCAAUUUUUAAUUGAGCUGUCCCAUUUUUUUUUAAUGCUGAUUAUUACUGUUAUUUUUCUGUUUAAAUUGUGCUGUUUGAACCGUACACUUGAAAUAGAGGACUGUCUUUUAGGUUCUGUCUGUGCUGAGAAAAACAUGGUAAUCAUUUUUAAAUUGUUUCUAAAAUUGCUAGUUGAUUUUGUAGUUAGAUUGUUUGACCAUCGUGUCUCAGGCUUAACUGUAAUACUGAUGUUAUACGAGUCAUUAGAAAUUAAUUUCUAGAAUGUGGUCACAAUUUAAAAUAGAACUCUACUUGUUGCAGCUUGGUCAGAGAGGAUGAUACCUAAGUAGAUCACAUGAAUCACAUGGAUUACAAGUAGGAGGCUUAUGGAAAGGAAGAACGGUAAUGUAGACAGAAAGUUGUGAGUUUUUUGGUUUUUUUGGCUGAUUUGAUUGUUUUGUUCUUAAAUGGAAAAAAAAAAAAA